AUGUGUAACGUGUUGCAAACGUAUUGCGAACAAUUUCGCCAACGAUUGCUACAUAGUCAACAAGGCGUACAUCAAGAGGAUUCUUCAGUGGAAGACACUGCCACUGAAGAUGACACUUACGACACUCCUGAGCUGAACGACUUGGAACAAAUCAAUCAAGAAGUAGCAAGAGAAGAUCCAAAAGUCGAUUCUCUGUUAGAUGACGGUUAUUCCGUAGAGAAGACUUCCGACACAACUGAAGGGAAUGGCUCAGUAGAAAAUAACCAUGAAUUGGACGAGGAGCAAUCGGACGAUUCCCUAGAAGAAAAUGAUACCUCUGACGAUGUAAAUUUCGACAGUAUGGACGAGAAUGACUUUGAACAAAUCAAUCAAGAAGCAGCAACAGAAGAUCAACAAGCCGAUUCUCUCUUAGAUAACGAUUAUUCCGUAGAGAAUACUUCCGACACAACUGAAGGGAAUGACUCAGUGGAAAAUGACUAUGAAUUGGACGAGGAGCAUCAAGAGGACUCCUUAGAAGAAAAUGAUACCUCUGAUGAUGUAAACUCCGACAUUAUGGACGAGAACGACUUCGCAAACGAGGAAGAAGCAGAAGGCGUAUAUCAAGAGGAUUCUCCAAUAGAAGACAUUGUUGUUACUACCGAUGGUGGAUUGCCCAUGAAAAUGCCAGGGAGAGUGGGUGACAGCCCACUAGUCGGAUGUGGAGGAUAUGCCAAUACAGUGGCUGCAUCGUCUACCACUGGUCAUGGAGAAUCGUUGAUGAAAACUGUUCUGGCUUGGGAGGUGGUCCGAAAUGUGGAAGAUGGCUUAGAACCCAAGCAAGCCUGUGAAAAAUCAAUUGAUAAAAUGGCUAAAUCCGUUAAAGGUGUUGGUGGUGUCAUAGCACUAAAUAAUCAUGGAGAGUUUGGACUAGCUUUCUCCUCCAAGCACAUGACUUGGGCAUUCGUGAGUAAACAUACUCUUAAAUUUGGACAGGAGCUGGGUGAGGAACAAGACAUUCCAGUGUAG